GAUAAAACCCCCUCCCCUGGGGAGCCUUAAAUUCAGCAAUGUUGACGUGUCAAAAACCCACGACUCCGUCGACAAAUCGUAUGAAAGAAAGGAAGGAAACGGAGCGAAAAGACGAUACUACCCCCACCACCACCACCACCACCCACCAUCUCCACCACCAUCAGCAGUCAAACAUUCAAACCCACCAAAACCUCUUCUUUCUUCCCCCUUUCCGCCGUUACCAGCACUCAGAAGAAAGAGGAGGAGGAAGGGGAAGAAGAGGAAGACUAGAACCCGUUGCCCGUCGGAGCCACCAGUGGACCCACAGCCACCGCAAUGACCAUGUCGGCUCCGUCUUGAUGAUCAUGAUCUCCCCUGCACAUCCGCCGUUCCCUCCCUCUCCCUUCUGGGCCUCAUCCCCGACUCCAUCUCCAUCUCCUUCGCAAUCCCCAUUCGCAGCCCCUGCCACCGUCGCGGCUAGCUCAAUUCCUCGCCCACCAUCCCCGCCGCCGUCCUCCAGGGCACCGGUGAGCUUCAGCCCUCCGCUGAUCGCCAUGGUGGCUGUGGUGGCGACGGCUUUCCUGAUCGUCUUCUACUUCCGCCCCAUCUCCCGCCACCUCCUCCGGCUCUCCAGGUGGCGCCGCCGCCGCAGGGUCCACCGCUCCGCCUCAUCCGUUGACCUUGGUUCCCCGCCUACCACCGGCUUCUUCGACUCUCCCCUCCACGACCCCUCCUUCCACUACUCCCCCUACGGACUCGACGACGCUGUGAUCAAGACAAUCCCGCUCUCCCUCUACGCCUCGAAAGCAAACAAACAUGGGACCGCCGUCAGGGAGUGCGCAGUGUGCCUGCUCGAGUUCGAGGAGGACGACUACGUCCGUACACUACCCGCUUGCUCCCACGCGUUUCAUGUGGACUGCAUCGAUAUGUGGCUCCGCUCCCACGCGAACUGCCCCCUCUGCCGCGCCGGAAUAUUCCGCCCGGAUUCUCCGUUCACCCCUCUGAUGGCCGCCAGGAUCCGCCCCAGCCUCGACGAGGACCCAAUCCUCCGGGAUAUCAUCAUAGAGGAGACCUUAGCUGACCUCGAAUCCGACGAAACCGCGGCACCGGCGUCGGCUGUUGGAGAGAUCACCGAGGAGCCGUCCCCCAGGAGGGUGAACCCGGGAUCCGACGAUCGAUUCAGGGACUUCAUGCUGAAGAGAUCCUACUCCUUCGGGUUCGAGAGAAGCAUCGCGUCAGAGAGGAUGCUGGUGAUGGAGCCUGCGACGACAUCCCCCUGUAGGUACCGCCGUAGCGGCGGCGGGGGGUUCUGGAGCAAGCGGCCGUCGCCGUUCGGGUCGCUGUCGAAGCCUAGGGUAUUCUCGUUCCGAUACUACAGGGGGAUGAAAUCGCCGUUCUUCCGGCGGCGCGGGUUCUUCCCGCUGUCGGAGUCGAGCGUGAGAUUCUCCACCUUCGGGAGCGGAGGGGGAGGUGGGUCGUCGAGGCGGAGCAAGUCGCUGAUGAGCCCAAUGUUCGGAGGGAGGUCGGGGGUGGCGGUGUCGUCGAGCCGGCUGAGGUGCGGGGACCCGGAGGCGCUGCUGUCGCCGGAGAGGUUCAACCGGAGGUGAGGCGAGGGAAUAAUUCGGAUGGAGGGAAAUGAAACCCGACACGUGGACGGCUGAGGUUGGAGCUGGGGAGUGAACGGUGGGAGAUGGGGCGGUGGGGGCGAGCUGGGUUCAAGGCUGAAAUGAGGGGGCUUUAAUGGCGGAGGGAGGUGGUCGCAGUGAGAGAGAGAGAGAUUUAAUGGAGUCUGCAAUUGUUUUUCGAAAAGAGAGCAGAAAUUAAUGGAGGGAAGAGACGAGCAUUAAAUUUUGCGUGACAAAUCGGAGAGAGAGAGAGAGAGGUUGAUUACUUGAUAUGAUAAUGGAGAGGGAAGUAGAAGGAGAAGAAGGAGAAGAAAGAGGAGGGAAGGAAAAUGAAGGUUGUCAUUAAUGGCAGGGGGGAGACGACCUCUGCGCCAUUUCGGUGUUUAGAGCAAAAAAUGGGGCAAUAAUGGUGGGAGUGGUGAGGUUUUAAAUGGCCACUUUUGUCGUGGGUCCCCCUUUUCCAUGCCAAAUUUUCACCGGCUGGGAUCAAACGUUUAUCGGAUCCGAUCGGAUUUAUCGGAUAUGGCAGUCGGGGAAGGCUGUCCUCGAAUGAUCGAAUUAGAUCAUCCAGGAAUCCCCGAGCCAGUAUUUUGUUCAAUGAUGUGCCGCUCCUGUGCUCUUCAUCAAAUGAUUUCGCAUUCAUCCGAUCGAAUUCUUCCCAACUGCACAUUUAUAUGGAUCGAACAUGGUGCACGGAGAUGUAUGCUGAUGCGUAGGGGACUUCGAUCGGCUCCAACACAUGAAAUUGUUGUUACGCUAUUGUGAGACGACAGACCAUAUGCAAAUAUUGAUAUGUUUAAGGGCUAAUACUUUGUUAUUAUUGGAUUUGGUUCCAAAAGCUUCUUGGGCCGAA